AUGGCGAUGAAGGAUCUUCUCGGCAUUUGCUGUAAUGACGUAGAAUUUUUUGAAAAUGAAUUCAAAUAUAUCGAGCCCCCAGAAGCACCCAAACCAAGAGAUCCCCUAUAUAAGGUGAGCCCGUUUUAUAGAUUAUUCAAAAUGAAAUAUAACACCAUAAAACGUAAAAUAAAGAAUCAAGAGCGAUCUGGAAAAAAUAACAAAUUUUUUAAUGAGAAAUACCUACUAAAAGUUUUGAGGAAAUAUGUACCGUUUCUACCCUUAUGGACGAGUCUUAUAUCUGGUAAGAGACAGAGUAAUGCUCCUGUGGAAAACUGGUUCUCUGUAGUCAAACAUCUGAUUCUAGAAGAACUAGAGAAUCAGAAAACCAGCAGGGUGAUCCGAUUAAUUCGGAGAAAAAUUUUGGCUGUUCAUAAGGAAAUAACGUUGAAUAUUCCUAAAAGAGGUUGCACUUCAAGGCGCAGUAAAAGGAGAAGUGAUAUCGAUAAGAGGGGCUGUACUUCCAGAGUACAUAACAAAAAUGUAAGAAAAUUUGAUAUUGUUCCAACUAAUAAGUGCUCCCUUAAAGAUUUAUCAGCAGAAGAACAAUGGAAAAAACAAUUACCCUUGAAAAAUAAUAAUUUUAAAGGCACAAUAUUGAAACGGGCUCUAAAAAAAAUUGAAUCAAAAUUCAUUCCUGCGAAAUUCAAAAAACAAGAUGAGGUAAAUGAAUUGAAGGGUGCAAAGAAAUGCGGUACUUCCAAGGUGACGGACGAUAUCACCAAAUCUGGCAUUGGACUUUCUGGCUCUGCUAGAAGUCGGACAGAAAAUGAGGAGGAAACACGAUUAGGACAAGAUUCGAACAAAACCAUAUCUCUGAGCUUGAAAAAACAAGUGGAAGAUGAAUUAACGGAUGAUGAAGGUUUCAUAUUUUCUGUGGACAAAGCGAACAGCACACAGAAAAUUAUUUCCAUUCAGGAUCCAGUAUCACUGUCCCCAAAUGAGGAGGUUUCUUCUCCAUUCAAAAUCGAAACAGCAAAAAAAACUAUUUGUUUUCAUGAAAAUGGCCUUGUGUGUAAUUUGAAUUAUUAUAAAGAAUGUAAAGGAUAUGGAAACUAUGUAGUGGCUAAGUUUCAUUUGGGCAUCUCUAACGAAUUAAAAUUCGAAGAUUUUAAAACUUUGUUCGAUAAACAGUGGUUGACAGAUUUCGCUCUCAACUAUUGUCUAAGAGCAAUAUUGAACGAACACAUUCGCGAACACACCACCGAAGGGGAUUACAAGCUACUGAAUACUGAUCAAACUUACGCAAUAUUUUAUCACUGUGAACAUAUUGUCAAGGAAUUUUUCGAUGACUUUCCAGAUAUAUCUGAAAGCUCAAUAGUGAUCCUUCCAAUUAUUAUUGGAACUGUGGCCAGUCGUAAUCAUUGGGUUAUAGCUUUUGUCAAUUUUCAACAGAGUACAUUCACUUUUAUUGACCCGAGAGGAAAAUCGAAGUUGAAUGCGCUUGAAUUCCGGGAAACAUUCGAAAAGUUCAUAGAAAAACCGUUGCUGCUUUCACACCCGUUCAGAAAAUGGGAAUUGCAUAUGUUGCCUUCUCUCACGACAAGCGCCACCAAUGGAAUAUGGGCCGUCAAGACAUCUUCGUUUCUCGAAAGUCCUAGAUAUUGCAUCGUUUGCUUUCAAACAGAUCAUGAUCUGACUGAAGUUAAUACUGAUCCCACGAUUUUCAAUCACGCAAACAUAACGAAUAUCACAUUAACUCUCAACGGGGAAAGUUAUCCGAAGGAGAAGAUGCAAUUGGCCUUCGAUAAAGGAGCCUUUCCACAGGCGUACUUCAAGUAUACGCGAUUUGGAUAUAGAUAUAAAAACACCUCCCAACACACUCCGCUCCUAGGCUACCCCGAGUUUGCCAAUAAACAACCUCUUUUCGUUAUCGAUUGUUCGCGACGAGACGAAAGUGUCAAAAGCUCCACUGUCGAUGUCAAACUCGAAAUUGAAGCAUCCCAAGGAUUUCCUGCCAACACUCGAGCCUAUUGCAUCAUCAUCCAUGAUAACAUCAUCGAGCACCUCCCACUCAGUGAAUUUAUCAAGAAGUGGAAUUGA